AUGGCUUCGAUUUUUGCACGUUCUGCGCGCUCAUUUUUAACUCCGCUUAUGAACUAUUCAAACAAACGUGUACCUUUCAAAUCUGUUCGUUAUACAUCUUCAAAUCAGCAACCAACAAUGUUAAUGGAUCUCCCUCGUGUUGUCUAUCCGAAUAUAUUCUUCACAAUAAAAAAUUUCUUCUCUCGCAUGAUUAUCACGGGAUAUUUCGAUCAAACCUUUGCUAUAAAAUCAUUUUCAGAAGGUGCUCGACAAGCAUUAACCGUGGUUUCACAACUGAUCGCUAAUGACCAAUUCGAUGAUCUUCAAGGUUUUGUUACACGCGAGGCUAUAAAUGAAGUUAGAAAAAAUUUUCACAAAUUGUCAUCGGAACAGAAGCAAAAGAUUCCUGUCGAAGAAUCAGAGAUUGUCUUCAGUUAUCCAUACUUAAUUGGCAUCAUCAUGGACGAUAAAACAAAUACACGUAUGGUCGAAAUAACAAUGAUUUUUCACGUGCUAAGAGAUCGUGAAUUAUAUCGACAAGAAAUAUUAAAUGCUCCCGGUGGUGUUGCUUCGAAUUGGACAUCGGCGAUGAAGAAAAUGCGAGAUAAUAUCGUUGUUUGCAACUAUAAAUUCUUACGUGAUAUGAGUAAAAAUGCGACGGAUGAUAGUUGGAUUAUCAGUGGACUCAACCAUUGGCUACCAAGUGAAUAUGAAGAUCAACAAAAGCAAUCCUAA